UAAUAUGACCUAUAGAUAUAAUUGACGUAUAUCUAAUAACUUCCUUGUUUUUGUUUUCUUGUUUACUAUUGUUGCUGUUGGUUUACAUUUUUAUUAAUUUAAGAGAUAUUUGAAAAUAUUCAUUCUACCGUAAUCUCAUUUAGUUUCAACGUCACAAUAUAACUGUUUACGUUCUUGCUUUAAUAUUGUUCAUCAAGUAUUUUAAAUCAUCAGAAAAUGUCUAAAACUUUGAAAUUGAAUAAUGGGCGCGAUAUGCCGGUUAUUGGACUGGGAACUUAUAAGGGAGGAAAGGAAACAGCACAGGCUGUAAAGGAUGCUAUUGAUGCCGGUUAUCGACACUUCGAUUGUGCUUGGUUUUAUGGCAAUGAAGCAGAUGUCGGUGAAGGAAUACGUGAAAAAAUUAAGGAAGGAGUUAUUAAACGUGAAGAUGUAUUUAUAACAAGUAAACUUUGGUGCAAUUUUAUGGCAAAAGAUAAGGUUGUACCUAUGUGCAAGAAGAGCUUAAAGGAAUUCCAAUUGGAUUACUUGGACCUGUUUUUAAUUCAUUGGCCCUUUGCCUUUAAAGAAGAUGCAAGUUACUGGCCUGUUGGACAAUGUCCUGAGGCAUUUAGUGACGUUGACUUUACAGAAACAUGGGAAGGAAUGGAAGAAUGCGUUAGACAAGGCCUAACAAAAAGUAUUGGUAUUUCAAACUUUAAUAGCCAACAGAUAAGUAGGCUUUUAGAAAGUGCUAAAAUCAAACCAGUUUGUAAUCAAGUAGAAUGUAAUCCAAAUGUUAAUCAGAAAAAAUUAAUCAAGUUUUGUGCUGAAAAGAAUAUUGUCAUAGUUGGUUACUGUCCUCUUGGAAGAGUGGAAAAUGCAGGAAUUCCUGGUUACCCAUAUCCUACCAUACUUGAUAAACAUGUGCUUGCAAUUGGACAAAAGUAUAACAAGACACCAGCACAAGUUGUCUUAAAUUAUUUGGUUUCCUUGGGCAUUGCUGUCAUCCCAAAAUCAAUUACUAAAUCAAGAAUAAUUGAAAACAUCAAUAUUUUUGAUUUCAAAUUAGAUGAGGAAGAUGUGGCUUAUUUAGAUUCCUUAAACAAAAAUGAUCGAAUCUGCCACUUUCCAGAGUUCCAGGAUCACAAGAAUUAUCCUUUCAACAUUGAAUUUUAAGCACUUGACUUGUAUAUGCAUACCUAUUAUUUAGUUUUAAAUAGUUUUGUUAAAUAAAUAAAUUUUAUUUUGGGGA